UGCGCAGUAGAGAGCAAGUGCCGGUUGGUGGCUGUUGCUCCGCAGUGAGAGAACGGAGCGAGGCCGGUGAAGGAGAAGCCGCCGCCGCCGCCGCCGCUGCGUCGUUCGCCUUAGCCUCGCCGCCCGCCCUCCUUCUUCUCCUCCCGGGGAAAGCAGGAGAAGGGCAGGCAAGCCUCCUCGCACCAAGGAGGACUUAGGGAUAUAUCUCAAGACAGGAGGGGGAGGCCGGCGGCCUGUCGUCGUCGUCGCCAUGUCUGUGGUGGGCAUCGACCUGGGCUACCAGAACUGCUACAUCGCGGUGGCGCGGAGCGGGGGCAUCGAGACCGUCGCCAACGAGUACAGCGACCGCUGCACACCAGCUUGUAUAUCACUGGGUUCUAAAGCACGAACUAUUGGAAAUGCAGCAAAGAGCCAGAUGAUCACCAAUGUUAAGAAUACAUUACAUGGAUUCAAAAAAUUGCAUGGGAGGACAUUUGAUGAUCCUUUUAUAAAAGCUGAAAGAAUGAAACUGCCGUAUGAACUUCAGAAGUUGCCUAAUGGAAGUGUGGGAGUAAAGGUACGAUACUUGGAUGAAGAGAGAUUAUUUGCAAUUGAACAGGUUACAGGCAUGCUAUUGGUUAAACUUAAGGAGACAUCAGAAAGUGCACUUAAAAAACCUGUAGCAGAUUGUGUUAUUUCGAUACCAGGUUUUUUUACUGAUGCUGAGAGAAGGUCAGUAAUGGCAGCUGCACAAGUGGCAGGUUUAAACUGCCUGAGGCUAAUGAAUGAAACUACAGCAGUUGCACUCGCCUAUGGAAUUUAUAAGCAAGAUCUGCCAAGCCUGGAAGAGAGACCAAGAAAUGUGGUUUUUGUAGACAUGGGACACUCUGCAUACCAAAUCUCCAUUUGUGCUUUUAACAAAGGAAAAUUGAAGGUCCUGGCUACUACAUUUGACCCAUUUCUGGGUGGUAGAAACUUUGAUGAGGUUUUGGUGGAUUACUUCUGUGAAGAGUUCAGGACUAAGUAUAAACUGAAUGUGAAGGACAAUCCUCGGGCACUGCUUCGCUUAUAUCAGGAGUGUGAAAAGCUGAAGAAACUUAUGAGUGCCAAUGCCUCUGAUCUUCCCAUGAACAUAGAAUGCUUCAUGAAUGAUGUUGAUGUCUCCAGUAAGAUGAACAGGGCUCAAUUUGAACAGUUGUGUGCAUCUCUUCUCAAUAGAGUAGAACCUCCUUUACGAGCAGUGAUGGAGCAAGCUAAACUGCAGCGUGAAGAUGUAUACAGCAUAGAAAUAGUUGGUGGAGCAACUCGAAUCCCAGCAGUUAAAGAACAGAUAUGUAAAUUCUUCUGUAAAGAUAUAAGUACCACACUAAAUGCAGAUGAAGCUGUUGCAAGGGGCUGUGCUUUACAGUGUGCAAUUCUUUCUCCUGCAUUUAAAGUCCGUGAAUUUUCCAUCACAGAUGUUGUUCCUUAUUCAAUUACUCUGAGGUGGCAGUCUUCUUACGAAGAAGGAACAGGCGAAUGUGAAGUAUUCAACAAAAACCAUGCUGCACCAUUCUCAAAAGUUAUUACUUUCCACAAGAAAGAGCCUUUUGAAUUGGAAGCAUUUUAUACAUAUCCUCAUGAUAUCCCAUACCCUGAUACAAGAAUAGGUCAUUUUGUUAUUCAGAAUGUUGGGCCCCAACAUGAUGGUGACAAUUCAAAAGUGAAGGUUAAAGUUCGUGUUAAUAUACAUGGGAUUUUCAGUGUGGCUAAUGCAUCUGUAAUAGAGAAACAAAGUACAGAUAAUGACCCUGGUGAAGUACCUAUGGACACGGAAUUGUCCUGUAAGAAUCAAAAUAAAGAUGAACUGCAAUUACCUUUCAUAAUUGAGGAUGACUCCCUCGACUCUGAGGAUGAGGCUAAAAUGCAAGUUGAUCAGGAUGAUGGUAAUCACAAGAACCAAACUGACCACCACAAUCCAGCGGAAGAGGAUGCUGAUCAUAUAGUGGCUGAAGGAAAGACUGCUUCAGGAGACAAGCUUGAUACAAAUCAGUCCACUAAAGCUAAAGCUAAGGUCAAGAGCAUUGAUCUACCUAUCCAGGUUAACCUGUACAGACAAGUGGGACAAGACCUUAUUAAUUGCUUCAUUGAAAAUGAGGGAAAGAUGAUAAUGCAAGACAAGUUGGAAAAGGAGAAAAAUGAUGCCAAAAAUGCUGUGGAAGAAUAUGUGUAUGACCUAAGAGACAAGUUGUGUGGCGUUUAUGAAAAAUUUGUAACUGAGGAUGAGUCAAGAAAGAUAUCUCUAAUGUUGGAGGAUACUGAAAACUGGCUUUAUGAAGAUGGAGAAGAUCAACCAAAACAUGUAUAUGUGGAAAAACUUCAGGAAAUGAAAAAAUUGGGUGGUCCCGUUCAAGAUAGAUAUAUGGAACAUGAAGAAAGGCCAAAAGCAUUAAAUGAUUUGGGAAAGAAACUCCAGUUGCUUAUGAAAGCUGUUGAAGGUUACAAAAACAAGGAUGAAAAAUAUGAUCACAUUGAUCCUGUUGACAUGGAAAAAGUUGAAAAGUAUGCCAGUGAGGCUAUGAAUUGGUUGAACUCAAAAAUGAAUGCACAGAACAGGCUGAGUUUGAUGCAAGAUCCUGUUGUGAAAGUGGCAGAAAUAAUAGCAAAAGCUAAGGAACUGGACAAUUUAUGCAAUCCCAUUAUUUACAAGCCUAAACCCAAGGCAGAACAAAACCAGGCAAAAUCAAAUGCUGAACACAAUGGACCAAUGAAUGGACAGAGUGCUGCUAACACAAAACCAGAGGACUGUUGCCAGCAGGCCAGAUCAUCUGAAGAAAUGGACAUGGACUAAGCUUUACAUUUCUUUCAGUCCAUUAAAACAGUGCAAGUAAUCUGAGGGUCCAUCUUUCUUUUAUGUCUUAUCCACACUACAGAUGUUCAGUUACUUAGUCAACUUUCUGUCCUUUGUUCUUUGCGGUCAGUUUGAAAGUGUUUUUUUCUCUUGAGUGCAUUCCCAUUGUUCAUUCCAUUGAUGCCGCUUAUGUGAAGCUUUAGUUGAAUGUAGAUUGUAAAAGUCAGUUUGAGCUUUCCCAAUAUAUUUUAUAUUAAAUAGGCAGAAUUGUUAUAUAAAUGACAACAAUCUCCCUUAUUUAAAGCUUUUAUUGUGGGUAAGCCUCUGCUCCUUUAUUCAGGAAAGGCCACUGUAUUGCACUAUUGAUGCUGAAGUGUAGACCUUUGCAUCUUUAUUUUGGGAGAUAGUGGAUUUGAUGUGGCUUAAACAUUGCCACUUGAAGCACUGACCUUUUUCUAGUUGUUGAACUGUUCUGAUUAAAAUAUUAAAAUAGAGAUUAGCUGGCAAAAUUAGUUCAUCCUGUUGAUGUACCAUGAAAACUUGUAAGAACCUUUUAGGGAAAAAAAACCCCCAACAUCCAAGGCUUGAAAGAAGCUCACACCAGCAGCAUUCUUUGUUAUAAACCUUAGCAACAUGAUUCUAAAUAAAGCUCAUGAUCUCCAUGUAUACACAGUCCUGUAUAUGAUAAUCUGUGUUCAUUCUAAGACACUCUUUAAGUUAUUAUAGUACAAAAUGUUAGGGGAAUUUUAACAGCUGACAGUGGGGAGAAGACAUGUUUUCAUUUAUUUUAAUUACCUCUCUAACUUGCUGGUUUAGCUUCAUUCUGGAUGCUGCCUAUGCAUGUUUCUCAAAUACAAUCUCCUCACAAUUAAAAAUAGAAAAUAUGUGCAUAAAAUUGUUAUAAAAUGGUAUCGAUCUUAUCGUAUGUGUUUUUACCAUACUACAUGACAAAAUGUUACUCUGUUUUUGCAUUUGAUGUUGGGAAAAGAAGCAAAAUCUGAAGUGGUUCAUUUUAGAAAAAGGAAGAAAAUGGCAGUUCAUCUUUUUUUCAGGAUACUUGGACAAUUCAUUAUUAAAUCAGGACAGUGCAGGCAGGUUGAUGCUAUGUUGGUGAUAUAACCCUGGCGUUGCAUGGUCUACAGUUCCACUCUGUGACCAUUUUCCAAACCUUUUAAAACCGAUAAAUAAAGGAACAUGCAACAGUUUCUUGCUAAUUUUUGGCAAGAUGAUAUUCUUCUUCUGUAAAUUUAGGGAGGCAAAUUGUUUCUUUAACAUCACAUGGAGCAUUUAAUAUUAAAUGAAGCAAGGCACCCUCACAAAAAAUCAAUGCACAUUUGUUAGUGCUGCAUAAACAAGCAAUAACAAUAGCAUCCUAGUACAUCAGUGUAUGCGCUUCUUUGGUCAUUAAGGAUGGAGGUGUUCAGUACUUCCUUAUACAGCAGCCAGCACCCUUGUCAAUGCAAUGUCUAUUGGACAGGGCAUGUCAUAGCCAGAGAGGUGCUGCCUUUUAGGCUGCAUAUAGCUGCCAACUCCACAGCUAAGGGAAAAGAAAAGCCAGCACCCUCCCAGAUUUCCAGCAUAUGUAAGAGUACAUCUAGAAUACUUGUUGGAAAUCUAGAAGGAUGAUGUCUCUUCCUCCAGCUGGAGAAGUGCAGCCAGACACUCCUCUAGCAUUGAAAAUAUGAAGUAAGCUAUACGAGAAUUAAUUUUAUCUGUUAUUGAGUAAUUAUUUAUUCCUAAAAGGGUUUGGAAGAGAGAGUACCAGGCUGUGACCCUGGACUGACUCUAUACCUACUCACUGUUUUUUGUAUGGACCAUACUGGCCAUGGGAAUGGGUGCUUGGCCAUGGUGGCUUAAUGGUUUCAGUGGGUUUGAAGUGCAUAUAUCUGAACACAGUGAUCAACUGACUUACAAAGAACUUCAACUAUUUGUGUUUUCAACAAAUAGCACUACCAAUAUUAUAAAGUUGCCAAUCGAAUUCUCUGCUUGUUUUAUCCAUAUACUGGUCAUUAUGAAAGUCUUGCCUCGAUAACAUCAUCCAUUCUAAUGUUAUCUGGAUGGCCAUCCAUGAUCAAAUCUCAUUUUGGAAUCUUUGUCUGCACUCUGAUCUCUAUUGGACUUUAUAGCUCACUACCCAAAUAAUGCCUACAAAUAAUAUUGACAGGAAAUAUUACUAUAAAGUGCCUGGUGGAAAGAAACAAUUCAAUCCCAUGGUGAACAACAACAAUGAAAUGCCUGAAAAGGUGCAUACAUGUUCACUAUGAACGGCAAUCUAUAAGAAAGGAGAAUUGUUCUGGAGUCCCAAGUAAGCCAGAAGUGGCAUUUCAAUUGUUUAAUUUUCAAACAGUUCACCUAACUUAGUAAAUCUUGGUUGGGUUAUUGUUUAAUUUUCUUUGGCUCUUACCUUUAAAAGAAACUUUGAAACCUUUCAUUUUAAUCUGGUGAAAUUUUAAAUUAACCAUAAUUGUUUACUUGUAUACUUACUUAAAUCAUUGGGGGUUUUUUUCUUCCCAUUUUUGAGAAUUCUGGCAGCCUUUGUUUGCUUUCUGAAAAGAAGUUCUUUAAGUAAAAAAGCUGGAUUAACAAACUAUAAAUAUAAAUAUGUGAUCCUGAGAGUACAAGCUUCUCUAAAUAUUUUCUUGAUUCUUGCAUAGGCCAAGAUAUAUAUUGCAUAAAGUGGGUGUUCAGAAGUUUAAAAUCAUGCCAUGAAGCUUAUGUGUAUGUUGAAUCUGAAAACACAAAGGUCAUUUAUAGAAACAUUUUUCCAGUUACUGGUAUUCGGAGAAGAGAAACUUGCAAAACUGCAAUCAUUAGUUAACAAAGCAAGCUGCUACUUUAGUUUUUACAUCAGUUUAAGUUGUAUGACGAACUGUCGAGUGAAGUACAGUACAUGUUCUUUCAAACUGGGGGUACUCAUCUUAAACAUACUGUCUGAUGACACCAUUCUGAAUUUUCUAAUGUAGGACUGAUUAAAUGUACCCAAAUGGUGAGGUCUCUUCAUGAUUAUAGGUACAUUUUGCCCUAAUUAUAGAAAAAUCAAAUGUGUCUGAAUUGGGUAAAACACAUUGACAGGAAUCUGUAAUUCAGCUGUCAUUGCCAAAAUGAUCAAUACAACAGAUAUUUUAUAUUUAGCAAGUGUAUUCUCAUGUAACUAUCUCUGUGGGUCAGAGGAGAGUGUGCUCAACAUGCAUAAAUUUAUGCCAGUGUUCAAUGUAUGCAAAAUGUUUGCUGUAUUAUGAAAAUGGAUGGACUCCUACCUAACAACAUGCACAGACGUGACAAAUAUGUCAAUUGAUUUCUAAGUGGCAACACAGAUUGCCAAAGGUUGUGUGUAAAUAUUUAUAAUAAAUAUUUAAAUAUG